AUGUCGCGCACUCUCGGCGUGCUGCGGCAACUGCUCGACCAGGCGUUGCCUGGACAUCGGCCAGCGCACGAGGACUACGAGCUGGUUGAGACUGUCCCCCGCCUCCCGACAACAAGCACGACAGACGACGAUGAGCCCACCCUCGCCGAGGCCGAGAGUCUCGGCUUGCGGCGAAUAGCAGCGCCCGUUCCCUGGCCGACACUCGCCCUGUCGCUCGUCGAGUUCGCAGAGAGAGCCAGCUACUAUGGCGCCGGCGGCGUGUUCGCCAACUUUGUGCAAAGACCACUGCCUCCGGGAUCCACGACUGGAGCUCCCAUGAAGGAGGGAGAUACGCCGGGCGCCAUGGGUUUGGGUUUGAGAGUGAGCGCGGCGCUGACGACGACGUUCACGAUGCUCGCGUUUUCGAGCCCGCUGCUCGGAGGAUAUCUCGCCGAUACGAGGUGGGGCCGGUUCCGCUCCAUCGCCUUCGGCACGUUGCUCGCCGGUCUAGCCCACGCCGCGAGUAUCUGGGCCGCGCUCCCCGUCAUCAUCACCUCGGGCACAUCGCUCCCGCCCUUCCUGCUCACACUGGUCUUGCUCGGUCUCUCCGCCGGCCUGAUUAAAGCAAGCAUAGCGCCGCUCAUGGCCGGCCAAUGUCCGCCAGACCGAGUCCGCUAUAUCCCGUCUCCCUCGUCCUCUUUGCCUUCCACAUCCCUCCCUCCUCCCUCCGUCUCAGACGUCGACAUAGAAGAAGGAGGGACAGAGGGAGGCGAAUGGAUCGUCGAGUCGCAAGAACUCACAAUCAGUCGCGUCAUGGGGCUGUACUACGCCUCGAUCAACGUGGGUGCGUUCGUGGCACUAGGAAGUGUCUGGGCCGAGGCGAAGGUCGGGUUCUGGGCCGCGUUCGCGAUCCCCGGGGCCAUAUUCUGCCUCAUGCCGCCGCUGCUCUGGGUCGUGAAGCCGCGUCUGGUUCCAGAGGCUGAGCCUAGUUCCUCGGCUCUGACGCGUGUCUGGAGAGUUCUCCGGGAUCUCCCUCUCCCUCGAGACACUGACGCUCCGUUCAGGUCUUCAAUGGAGGAGACGGAGCGGAUCGUCCCACAGGAGGAGGAGCCGGUAUCAGCGCAUCGACUCGGCGAUGAGUCGGCAGGUUCAAAGGGCUCAGAGGACGGGUGGGACUUUGCCGAUCCGCCCUCCCUCGACGACGACCGGUGCAUUGAGACGCCUGAGCCUCUUCCCGCCGACCCCGACGAGGACAUCCGCCAAGCCCUAAAGGCAUGCACGCUCUUCCUCUGGUUCGCAAUCUACAACGUUGCCCCCGGACUGAACAGUGCCACCAUCUCCCUCGCCGGCGCGAUGCGGGGGACACUCCCCAACGACGCGCUGGAUAAGAUGAACCCGCUCGCUGUUAUUUGUGCUGUGCCCGUCCUCAAUGCGCUCUACCCCAAGCUGGAGGCGAGGGGGAUACAUCUGGGACCUGUGCGGAGGGUCGUGAUUGGCUUCGGACUGACGAGUUUGAGCAUGCUCUACCUCGCCCUGAUCCAGGCGGCAGUGUACGCGACGAGUCCCUGCGGCACCCUCGCGACCGACUGUGCGCAAAAAUCGCCACUGAGCAACCUCCUCGUAGCCCCCGGUCCGCUACUGCAGGGCGUCUCCGAGGCUCUGGCCGUGGUCAGCCGGAUGCAGCUGGCCUACACCAUGUCCCCUCCCGGCCUGCAGUCUCUCGUCACGGCCGUGUUCCUGUCCAUGGUCGCUGCGUCUGGCGCCUUGGUCCUCUUGUUACUGCCCCUGUUGCGCGACCCGCUCCUCGUCUACCCCUUUGCACUCACCUCGCUCGCUGUCGCUGCGGCGGGGUAUUGCGUCCAUCGGCGCUACGCCCACCUCGACACAUAA